GCGGCAAUUUGAACCCAGGCGGUCUCCGCAGUCUAAGUCCAACACUUCCCCGCACUGAUUCUCUCAUACUUCACCCCGCUUUCUCGCGUACUACAGCUCUAAACGCACGUUACCCACGGGGACAACCCUGUACUUGGGGAGAGCACAGACAAAAACGCGCCAAGCGGACGUUGCGUGCCUGUGUGAGGGAAGAAGUGUGUGUGCUCGGCGGAGGGGAGGUGACAGGCGGAAAGCCGUCAACGAACAGCCAGGGCAGAAAGGCCUGCCCAGUGUUUCACCGCCCCAAUGGGCGGCCGCGUCGGGGAGAGCACCCCCACCAGCAGCGUCGGUGGCGGCGUCUCGCGUAGCCUUCUCAAGAUGGCCGUCUCUCCCGAGCGACCUGCGGAGGCGGCGGCUGUUGUAGGCUCGGCGGUACGGAGGGACCGCUGAGGAGGGUGACAGCCGGCUGGCGCUGUUCCCCCUGCGGUGGGAAGCGAGAGCAGACGUUGCGAGCUGCGCCUGGGAAAGAACACACCAUGCGGCGGGGCUAGAGCCGGAGGCUUCCACCGCGAUUAAUGAUGUUAGCUGAGGCUUCUGAUACGUGCAGAGGACGUCAUGGAGAGGCAGACUUUUCCCAUUUGCACUGGAGUAUUGAGAAGACCAGUCUUUCCAUAUGGGGAUGGGGAAGCCUUGGCAUUGUGCUUUUUCUAAUAACAUUUGGACCAUUUGCUAUAUUUUACUUUGCAUUUUAUAUUCUCUGCUUUGUGGGUGGGGGGUUUGUGGUAACACUCUUGUUUGGAAAAAACAAUUCAGAGAAGUACCUCGAACAGUGUGAACACUCCUUUCUUCCUCCAACAUCAUUUGGCAUGACUAAGUGCAUAGAAGAAAUGAAACAGGAAAGCAAGUCUAUUAAGAUUGAUAGGAGGUUGACGGGAGCAUAUAUAAUUGAUGAACCUCUUCAGCAAGUUAUCCAGUUUUCCUUGCGUGAUUAUGUCCAGUAUUGGUAUUACACACUAAGUGAUGAUGAAUCUUUUCUUCUUGAAAUCAGGCAGGCUCUGCAAAAUGCACUAAUUCAGUUUUCUUCUAGGUCAAAAGAAGUAGAUUGGCAGCCUUAUUUUACUACCCGACUCGUAGAUGAUUUUACUACUCAUCUUAGAGUAUUCAGAAAAGCUCAGCAAAAGAUAACGGAGAAAGAUGAUCAGAUUAAGGAUGGAGCGGAAGAUCUUGUAAAUACAUUUUUUGAAGUUGAAGUUGAGACGGAAAAGAGAGUCUGUCGUGAUCUCGUCUGCACAUCUCCCAAAGACGAAGAAGGAUUCCUAAGGGAUCUGUGCGAAGUUUUACUGUAUUUAUUGCUACCUCCUGGAGACUUCCAGAACAAGAUCAUGAGAUAUUUUGUCAGGGAAAUCCUUGCUCGAGGAAUUCUUCUUCCAUUAAUAAAUCAGCUCAGUGAUCCUGAUUAUAUUAAUCAGUAUUUCAUAUGGAUGAUUCGUGAUUCAAUUUGCAACUAUGAGGCCUUUAUGAACAUUAUUAAAGUAAGUGACAACGUAGGGGAGUUGGAAGCUGUAAGGGAUAAAGCAGCAGAAGAACUGCAGUAUCUUCGAUCCUUAGAUACAGCUGGAGAUGAUAUCAACACUAUAAAAAAUCAGAUAAAUAGCUUAUUGUUUGUGAAGAAAAUAUGUGAUUCAAGAAUACUGAGGCUGCAGUCAGGAAAAGAAAUAGAUACUGUGAAACUGGCUGCAAACUUUGGAAAACUUUGCACAGUCCCUCUGGACACCAUUCUAGUAAACAAUGUUGCACUACAAUUUUUUAUGGAUUACAUGCAGCAGAUGGGAGGCCAAGCACAUCUCUUUUUCUGGAUGACAGUAGAAGGAUACAGGGUUACAGCGCAGCAGCAGUUGGAAGUGCUAUCAAGCCUUCAGAAAGAUGGAAGGCAUCAAACUACAGAAACAAAAGGCCUGUUAAAGUCAGCUGCAGUUGGAAUUUAUGAUCAGUAUUUGUCAGAGAAGGCAUCUCCAAGAGUCAAUAUUGAUGAUACCUUGGUAGUAAAGCUGGCAGAAAAACUGAAUAAUGACGACCCAACCCCUGAAAUCUUUGAUGAUAUUCAGAGAAAGGUAUAUGAUUUGAUGCUGCGGGACGAAAGAUUCUAUCCUUCAUUCAGACAGCAUGCACUCUAUGUUCGAAUGCUUGCUGAACUAGAUAUGCUAAAGGAUCCUAGUUUCAGAGGAUCAGAUGAUGGUGAAGGUGAAUCAUUUAAUGGUUCUCCUACUGGCAGCAUUAAUUUAUCGUUGGAUGAUCUUUCAAAUGUGAUUGCUGAUGAGUCCAUACAACUACAUGCAUGUAUUUCAGAUACCGUUUAUGCUGACUAUGACCCGUAUACUGUGGCAGGAGUUUGUAAUGACCAUGGCAAGACAUAUGCGCUAUAUGCUAUCACUGUUCGUCGUCGAACUUCAAAUGGUGACGAAGUAUGGAAAACAUAUCGUCGCUACAGUGACUUCCACGACUUCCACAUGAGGAUUACUGAACAGUUUGAAAAUCUAGCAAAUAUGUUAAAACUUCCUGGUAAAAAAACAUUCAAUAACAUGGACAGAGACUUUUUAGAAAAAAGGAAGAAAGAUUUAAAUGCAUAUUUGCAGCUUUUGCUAAAUCCUGAAGUGAUGAAAUGUUACCCAUCUUUAAUACACUGUGUGUAUGACUUCUUGGAAAACAAGGCAUACAGUAAAGGGAAGGGAGAGAUUGCUCGGAAGAUGGACACAUUUGUAAACCCACUGCGUAACUCUAUGAGAAAUGUUUCAAAUGCUGUCAAGUCCUUCCCUGACAGCUUUGCAGAGGGGAUGACUAAAAUGUCAGACAACAUGGGCAAAAUGUCAGAAAGAUUGGGACAAGACUUAAAGCAAUCAUUUUUCAAGGAGCCCCCUUUAAUGCAGAAGGCAUAUGUUGAUCCGAAACAUUGCCGUGUUGCAGCACAAGUUGAAGACAAUGUGGAAGACAAUGUUCCUCUUAAAAUAAUGCUGCUACUCAUGGAUGAAAUCUUUGACCUAAAGGAGAGAAAUCAGUGGUUACGACGAAAUAUCAAAAACUUGCUUCAGCAGCUUAUUAGAGCAAUGCAUGGAUAUACAAUAAAUAAAAAAAUAGUUGAUCAUGUUGAUUGGAUGACGUCUCCUGAACAAGUAGCAGAUACAGUUAAACGGUUCAGGGAUGCCUUUUGGCCCAAUGGCAUUUUGGCUGAGGCUGUUCCCCGCAGAGACAAUGCCAUCAGAAUGAGAACAAGAAUUGCUGGAAAAACAAAAUUGCUAGGGAUGAUGCCAGAUGAACUGAAGCAUAUCUUAGGUGCUGAGACAACAAGAAAAGGCAUUCUCAGAGUCUUUGAAAUGUUUCAGCACACUCAACUAAAUAAGAGGAUGGUAUAUGUCUUUCUGGAGGGCUUCUUGGAAACCUUAUUUCCAGCAAAUGAAUUCCCUGAACUCUUCAAAAAACUGCAUUCACCUUCAAAGCAGAUGCAGCGAUACAAGCAGAGACUACAAUCUACUCAAGCGCCUUCUUUACAGAAAAGGUGACACUCCAAACUUUUAUGUUGGUGUCCAUUUGCCCAGGACUUGGUCAGGUUCUCUGGGGCUUAAAACUCAUGCUGUUAUUUCUGCACCAGUCUUUUAGUGUCGCGUAUUAGAUUAUUAAUGCAUCCAUAAGAGAUGUUGUUCUUCUCAUCCUUCUUCUCUUAUGUAACCACUACCAUGAACUGAGUUCAUGUGUCUUAAAUGAUUUGGUGCAUCUUCAUGCAACAUUGAGAAGAAUACUAGCCCACUCUGUAAGAAUGUCUGUUCCUUCCACUCUUGACAGAAUAUAUGGUUGCUAACAAUGAAAAGUACUAGACUGUGUCCAUUGAGAGAUAAGUAAAGCACAACUAUGGGAUAGCAACUAUGGUGAUAGCAAUGGAGGACUUGGCUGCUUUCCUCGGAACUGGGAGAUUGUGCAAUGUGAAAAUCAGGUGCGAUUUGAUUUGCAUUAUGACUGUUGAGGCCUUGUAGGUCUCAGUGAACAGCUCUGAAGUGGUUGAGCUAGCAUGAAAGAAGUCUUUUGAACAGAUUGUUCUGAGAAAUUUUAUAAUUUUUCCCAAACUACAUUUGCUAACUAAAGGUUAACAUAAUAUGUACAACUUUACCUUUACCUUCCUGAAUUAAAAAAAAUAAGUAAAUUAUUUUGGUUGGGUUUAUUACUUAGUUGGGGUAAGGUAGACAUGCAGAACAAUACAUUGGUUUAAAUUAGUCUGUUUAGAGGUCUUGUUUUGCUCUUAAAUUACAGUCCUUGUAGUCUGCACACAAUUUUUUAAAGGAAAAGACACAUAAUAGCACUUAGUGAAGGGAAGGGCAGAUAUUUUUUUUAAGGGGUUACCACAUUUAUUUUUUUAGAAGUUCUGUGGUAUGUUCACCUCAAGAGGAAAAUUGCUAAAAUGACUUGGUUUCUUACUGUCAUAAAAGUCUUCUGGACUUCACUGAACAGUCAUAUGCAAAUAAUUGCAAAUUCCUGAAUGCACCAUAGUGUAUAUAUGAAAAUAAGAGACACAACUACAAUAUUUUUUUAAAUAAUCUUUUUUAUUUUUUGCAUAAUGUAAAAUUUUAAUAAAUCUCUUCUACACAAAAGCCCCCAUCUAUCCUCUUUUACUUCCCAACAUAAUUUUUAUUUGAGAAUAAAGUAAUAAUUUAUUACUUGCUUGGCCUUAAUUUAUCUUGGACUGAACAUCUCCUUUUCUGACUCUCCUUGAUGAACACCUCCCACUACCAAGGAAUUACAAUACAUCAGUUACACCCCUCUGCAUAUUCUGCUACAUAAUCUGUUUAAAAUCCCCAGAAAAUAUCCAAAAUAGUAUGCAUUUCAUGCUCUGAUACUAACACAGUUUUGGAAAGAAGUCUGACUUUAAUCAACAGGGCUUGUUUACAAACAAUGUGUUUCAGGUUUGGGUGUAAAUGCAGUACCUAAAGAUCUUGUAAAUAAGGUCAUCCCAUGUAGAAACAUAUUCAGGAGUGAAUAGUUUACACCUUGGAGGAAGAAAAAGAAGGUCCAAAGGGGAGUAGCCAAGAAAGACAUCUGUUUUAAGGCCUGGAUAAGGACUUAUCCUCCCCCCCUUCCCCCCCCUUAUUUGGAUUCCAUUCUUGCUAUGAAGCCUGCUCAAUAAUGGCAAUGCUGUAAAAAAAUAUUUACAGUUUGCAUGUCUUCAAGUGCAAUUGUCCCCACCCCUAUCUCUACAGGUCUGCAUAGUAUAUAUGUAAUCCCUUUUACCAGUGUCAGCAGAGCUAAAGGUAACAUAUAUGAAGUACUGUUUCCUUGUCUGUCAUUCUCCCUGCUUUUCUAUUAUAGGUGGCAAUUGACACAAAACUCUCUCAUACACACAAGCUUCCAAACAUUUUUUCUAUUUGUUCUAAUUCUCAUUUAAGUGGUAAAACUGUCUGGACAGUACUACCUUAAAUUACAGGUGGGGACUUGCAUGAUUAAUUAUGCUCCUCUCUACAAAAAUAAAUUAAGUAAAAACCUCUGCAGAUAGAACAUGUCAGGAAGAAAUACGUUAGCUGAACCUUCUCCCUGACAUGCUGGUUUUCAGUGUGCAUUGAUUUUAUGUGAACUCUAUCUGUAAUUUGAAGUUGAAUGAUCUACACAGGUAUACUACUCAAUGAAAACUAGACCUAUGCCACCUCUUAAUGACCUGUGUUCCAGCCCACUUGACUUCUAAAAUGAUAGAAUGCUAUAAUCCAUAUUGAGCACUGGAUGCAGGAAAAAUGGCAGGCCUAAAUGCAGAGUCUUAAUAUGUGACUUGAGUUCAAUUAUAAUGCAUCUAAAUUUCUCAGUUUAACUUACAGUACUUCAAAGUGGAAAUGAUUAGCAGUCAAUAUUUUAUGUACUGUCUCUUAUCUGUGGGUAUCAGACUUCAGAUAAUGCUGAAUUGUUGACUUUUGAAAUUGAUUACAUAUCCAUAAAAUGGGUGAAUGAAACAUAAGUGUGUAAUUUCUUUUAACACAGUUAUUACACAUAGGGGUUUGUCAUCUAUAUUUAAUUUCAGUGUGCCUGUAGCCAGGAGCUGUCAAUUGUGCAUCUCUUUCUGAUUAAAGUACAUUAUUCAUAUGUUGUCCAUUCACAUUGUUUUAAUUGUGUCCCCUGUGUCAUUUUCACCCUUCAAAGCAUCCCCAAAUUGAUUGUGUAAAUGCAGCAGACACUUUGCCAGGCCUGCCCUGGUCUGAGAAUGCUGUGACCAGCCUCUAAAAAUAAAUGUGCCAUUGUCCAACAAAAUGCACUUAACUUUAGCCUUAAUUGAGAGAGAAUGAACAGUAAGGUGGAAUAUUUCAUAUGGUUCAUCCUCAAGCUUCUGUCUCUGGUGUUUGCUAUGACUAAUUUUAAAUGCUACUAGAAUGUGUAACAAUUUUAAAAAGUAACAUAUGAAUUCCACAACCUCAAUUUUAAUUUUAGUGCAAUAUUUUCAUGUAGCGCAUGUGUAUUUGAAUAACUGUUAAAAAGAAGUUUUUAAGGUUUUGAGAUCAAGGGUAAACUGUCUUAACCAACAAUGUAUAUUCUGUUAUUGCUACUGUGUUGGCUUAUCUAAGGACUUGUUUUAAAAGUCUGGUUUUGUCACUCCUUGUAAAUACCUACUUAUCUGUGCUCUAGUGAGCAUGGUUCUUACAUUGCAAGGAGCAAAAUCUAAAGAGCACAUCCGAAUAUAGCUGUUAAAUAAAUGACUUGUGCAUAUCAUUGUACAGUAUGUGUCAACUGUGUGCCUAAAGGUUUUUUCAAUAUCCUCCCCUCCUUUUAUUUAACAAAGACUGAAAACAAAUUUGGAAUGCCAUGGUCUCUCUCUUUCUGACAGCUAAGAACUCUUAAGUUUUGAUUUGGAGUUUGCAUUAUAUUUGUCCAAUAGAAAAGUUGAGAAAAGUACACUAAUAAAGUAUUAACAAGAAA